GAAGCCAGACAACUGACGGCGUCUUUCCUCCCAACUCUUCAGAAAACGUCAAGAUUCAUCUUGAAGACGUAAACCUUCUAUGGAAAACGAAACGGUGCACUCGAUUGUUGUCAUGCUGCCUCCAAAGACCUGCAUCCCGAAGAAUUACAGCUGCAUGGCUGGUCUGUUUGGGGGCUUGGCAGCAGCUAACCAGUGGAAAGAGGACGGAGACGAAGAAGCAGACGGUCCUGGUGAAUCGGACCUUGACAAUCAUGUGGUGGAAGAGAGACCGAGAGGCAGAGAGUGCUUUUUGAAACCUCCGCAAAGUCCAACCUUGCGAAGGAGAUGCAAAUCACUACCGACCCCAACAGAAAGAGCAAAGCUUGAAAUAGCCAGAAGUCGAAGCCCAACUAGUAACAAAAAGGUCAGAUUCGCCGAUUCUUUGGGGCUGGAGCUUACCUCAGUGAAGCACUUUUGUGACGCCGACAUGCCAGAGGUACCGCAGCGGGUAUUAGAUAAAUUCAGGAGAGGAAACACAAUCCAUUUGAGCAACUUCGACAAGUUUCCAAGAAUUCCUACACAAUCGGUAUUUAUGGAAGCUCAAUUCAUUAAUCCCGGUAAUUUACCAGGAUUCUUAGAGAAAGUGCAAGAAUUAAAGGUGAUGUUGGAAUGUGUUGAAACUGACGAAUUUUGUCUGUCAGGAUUUGUCAGAGUAUUAAACCUGGCUUUUGAGAAAAGCGUAUUUUUAAGGUACACGCUAAAUAACUGGAUAACGUUUUUAGAUGUUCUUGCUUCGUACGUCCCAAACUCCAGCGAUGGGUUAACAGACAAAUUCAGCUUUAAGAUCAUCACCCCGACAUUUUUGGAAAGUGAAGGUACAUUGCAGUUUGCAAUAAAGUACUGUGUCGGCGACAAUGAGUUUUGGGACAACAAUAAUGGAAAUAAUUAUAAAGUGCGACGCCACAGGUUUAAAAUAUCUCCCCCAAGAGAAUGGGAAAACGGCUGGAUUCACUUCAUUUAGCAUGUUCUUUUCACGAGGAUACAUGGGUAUUUUGUGUGCAAAACACACAACAAACAUUCACUGAAAUGUACGCGUUACAAAUAUAUUUAAUUGUAAUUCUGAUUGGCUGCCUUUGGGGUUCCCGUGCUGGGGUACAUCAUGUUCUUUCCUUUCUUCUGACGUUUCUCUACACGAUUUGAAUGACAGAUGACAUCCCCACAGGUGGAGAACGCAUAGUAGGUAUGUCGAGAUGGAACAUUUAGAAUUUAAAAUUGCUGUAUAAUGACCAUGACAGACUUUUCACAGGUCCGCCGUUUCAUUGGGCAGUUUCGACCUCUUAUGUAACACACAACACGUGCUGCUGUAUAGACAAUGGUUCAAGUGAUCUUCCUAUUACAACGUACAGAAUUUCUAAAUUGCAUUUAUAGGCACCGUUUCAGGUUCUCCGUUUUAAGGCUAUAUUUUAUUUUUUUAUAAAUUUCAUGUAGUUCAACGCUUUAAUUUGCCUCAGGCUUCCGAAAUAACCGGAAAAUUUGUCACGUUUCAGGAAAAAAAAUGCCACGUGCCACCUAUAACAGGAAUAUGAAGGCAUAUGUAGCACACAUGUGUCUUGUUGUGUAGCCAACUAAUGAGUGCAUCAGGCCGUGCAUCUCUGUAGCCAUUCGUUCAUCCACUUGAUACUCCAUUCUACCAUGCAAUUCUAACAAUACUGUGGAAUUAGUCAGGGACUUUUAGUAACACAACACUAAUGCGGUAAAGAUCACUGUUUACAGUUCACUUCAUUCAUUGCAGGGUGACAUUAAAAAGACAUAAAACCGUGCACAUAAUGAACUCCACCAUAUUGUUAUUGGAGUGA